AUGGCAGGAGAAGCAGGACUAAGUCCAGCCGAACUGGAGGAGAUGCUCCUGAGUGAGGAAACCACAGCAGACCAGCUGUCGGCAGUGAAGAAUCGCUGGAUAGGCCUGCUGAAGAAGGAGCCUCGUCAGCCUGCUGGAGAAUGCAGCACACCGCCCGCCGAUAGUAUAAUUGAACAAUUGAAUGUCAGCGACUUCGACAACGUGGAGUACCAACUUGGAUUUGAUCCAGUGGCGGCCGGCGAAGAAGCUCUACGAGCAAAGCUUGCCUGUGGACAAUGGUCGGCGAUGCAGAUGAAGGCGUAUUUGGAUCUGAAACACCUCAAGAAACGUGGAGGCGUAACAGAAUUCUGCCUGGAACUGGAAAGGCUGUCAAGAGAGCCUACUCCAGACGCAUCGGAAGAAGAGCUGUCCCCGCACAAGGGCAGGUGA